AUGAUGGGGAUGUGGGUGGACAUCUGUGUCAAGCCGUGGCAAAACUACUCGUAUAUCACUGAUCGUGCUUCGUGUCAAGCGACUAGCAUUUAUCAGUGUGAUGGCUCUUUAUCAAAGCCUUUUGUUACUCUGAAGAAGCGCGGUUUGGAUCCAGUUGCCGCGGAUCCUCAAGAUUACCAGAACCAAGCUGUUAAGGUUGACCUCUUCGGCGCGUUUUAUGGAUCCCUCGUUCGCCAGAUCACGGAUGAUUACGAUCCAAGCAAGGUCCGAGCUGUCAGUCUCACGAUGGCAGCGCGUUUGGCGAAGGACUUUACUCCUGCGCAAUGUACGAUUCACAUCGAUGGCGCCCCAUCUCAACAGAAGCGGAACGAGCACAUCAGGCGAAAGAACAGACUGACAGCGGACCUCAAGAAGUUACAGGCGGACUUGAAAGUCAUGAGCACGAAGUCGUCGAACGGCCAAUGGACCUCGAAGAGCGUGAUAACGAAGAUCAAGAAGGGCCUCCGCGAUGUAUACAGAUUUGAUGCAGCAGCCAAGCAGACACUCCGGGAUGCCUUACGAGAAAAGGGGUUUUCUGUCUGCACUUGCAAGACCGAGGCCGACACCUGCAUUGCAUGCACACUGACCAUGGCAGCCGGUAGCUUCGUGGUGUCAGCAGAUUCCGAUCUGUUGAUAUAUCCGUCGGUCACCAAGGUUUUGCGGCCGAUCUUCCACGGCCUGGCCUAUGCAUUGUAUACCAAGGAGAGUGUUACCAAUGCACUUCACGUUCCCAGCGCAGACUAUGUGACGCUGCUGGGCAUCGUGUCCAAGAACGACUAUACUGAGAACAUUCCCAGCCUUGGAAUAGUUCGCAACCUGGAGAUCAUCCGCGCCCUACCCCAGUCGCCCGAUAUUAGCCAUAUGCUCGAUGCUUACAGAUUCAUGGCAGCCAUCAAAACCCAUGAGGUUAUCGACCAGAGCCGAUUCAAGCCAUCGGAAGACAUCUUUUUGGAUCUCGAGGAGAAAGUGCUCCAACUGCAACCAGGAGAUGAGGCCGCCGGUGAGGACAUGCUCGGCUUUGAUUUCAACAGUGCAGCACCGCAGUUCCGGCACCUCAAGCUGCAGCGAUUUGCCGUCGCUGCAUAUCAGCAUGCGAGUAGAAGCGCGGUUCCCUUCUACGUUGCGAGGAACUCAAAGCGGAACCAGUUCCGGCCGAUCUUUUCAGACAAGAAAUCGAUCCUACCGACAAUCGAUUGA